GAAAGCUCAGCCGCUGGCAGUUAAGACUGUGAGGAUCCUACAACGCUGCUCAUUUGGAUGGACUGAAUCUAAGGGCUCUAUUUACACUAUAAGUACCCUUAUUGGAACGCAGCCCUUUCCAGACCGUCAAAACGGGCCUUUAUCCAGCGAGACGGUGCUCGAAAUUCAGGAAUUUCCCCAUUGCGAAAGAAGAGGGCGACAUUUCCCCGAUUUUCUCAUUUUCUUUUCUAUUCUGUUACAUUUCCCGGAUAGGACCUCCUUCCCAAAUUUAACCCCUUGGAGGACUUCGCCGGAGGAGUUCGCCUAAACUUCUCGGAGGAGACUGGGCUCCGCUCUGCUCUGCGGGGGAGGCGAUUGCUUUUGCAGUCCCUUGCAAAAUGGUGCUGAUGAUCGACCAGACAGAAAGAGCCCAGAGUCCGUUCUCUUCUCCAGAAGUAGCCAAAUCCUUUAGGACUGACAGAAAAGAUGUACGAACCCAGAAUAAGUUUGCUGUUGUGGAACUGCCUCACAUCCAUAGUCCUGAGGCGGAGAAUGGAGAAGAGAGGCAGAGAAGAGCUGGGAAGUCAGGGUUUGAUUCCCAGUUGUCCGUGGACACUGAGUCUGACCUCUCAGAGAGCAGGAAAAAACCGUCCCUCAUGAGGUUUAAACCAGUUGACCAGGCUUCACUCUCACAAAGCCCAACAGACUCUGAGUCAAAGUUGGAGAGGAAGUCAGCGAGGUACAGCCAGUUUUCCAAAGCAAAUGCCCAGUAUCAUAAGCUCUUCAAAGAAAUAAGCAAAGAUGAGAUACUCAAACAAAGUUAUACCUGUGCCUUACAGAAAGACAUGCUUUAUCAGGGCAGGCUCUUUGUCUCUGAUAACUGGAUUUGUUUCCAUUCCAAAGUGUUUGGCAGAGAUACUAAGAUUGUUAUCCCGGUUCUCUCUGUCACUCUUAUAAAGAAGACAAAAACUGCCCUUUUGGUGCCAAAUGCACUUGUUAUCACUACAACAAAUGAGAGGCAUGUGUUUGUAUCGUUCCUUUCUCGGGACACCACAUACAAGUUCCUAAUAUCAGUCUGCAGUCAUUUAGAUAGGGAAAAUGCAGGAAGCACCCCAAUCACAUCAUCAGCAGAGAACAGCUUCAGAGGGGACUGUCCGUCAUCACUUCCAUUGGACUUUUCAGCUGAUUUCUCUGAUCUUGACGGAGUAGUGCGUCAGAGGAGACAGGACAUGCUGGAGAGCAGCAGCUCAGGCUCACAAACUCCUGACUUUGAGAAGAUGACCGAGUAUUCUCCUCUCUCUGAGAACUUCCUGGAUGUAAUGAAGACUGGAGAGAUGGCAGUCCAUGCAGACAUUCACCUGCAGGCCUCCAGUACAAAGCAUCUGAAUGGUCCAGGUAAGGCUGUGUCAGGUGUUGCUCAGCAAGAGAAGGUACUGCAGCCACUGUCUCUCAACACUCUCCUACUCAUCUACCUGUUCUUGGUGGGGAUUCUUGUCUUGUCCUCAUGUUACAUGGCUUUCAAGAUCCUGGCUCUUGAGCAAAAGCUGAAUUCACUGGGUUCGGUGGGAGAAUAUUCACACAAUGAGUUCAGAGUGACUGGACACAUGCAGUCAGUCAGACAAUGCACGGAAAAAGCACAGAAUGCUAUUCAUCAUCGACCCCAAGCAGAGAUCAAUGCAGAGAUCUAUGGAGAGCUGUCCACAAACCUGUUCAAGCUAGAAAAGAUUCAAAGGAACCUGCGGAAGCUGCUUGAGGAGAGCUGACUGGUCGAGUGGAAGCUGCGUCUUCGUUAAAACGCUUCAAAGUCUCAUUUUUGAAGAAGAGGAUUAAUAACUGUGCAAUAGUAUCACACUUUCUCUACUCAGGACUACCGAGCUGUUUUUACCUGAAUCAAGGGAUUUUCUCCAAAGUAGUUAGAGAAAGGGAAAAAAGUAAGCUUUAAUCCUAGUACUGUAGAAAAAAUGAGAAGAUGGUUGUAAAUGGGUCCCAAGGACUCGGGUUUUUGUAACAUUUCAGAGGUCAGAUUACUAAAUUCUGCUCCCUAUGGUCAUUUGUUACAAUUUAGAAUUGCCAAUAAAAUAUUUAUAGUGUGAUUCA